UUCCUGUAAGCGAGGCAGGCCGGGAAUGCGAGUCGCGAUUGGCCGGCGCCCGCCCCGCUUUUUCGGCGAGCUAGGGAGCAGGAAGCGACAGAGCCGGCGAGACUGGGCCAGGGGCUCCUCGCGUCUAUUCACUAUGGAAGCUGAAGAAACGAUGGAAUGCAUUCAGGAGUUCCCAGAACAUUAUAAAGUUAUUCUGGACAGACUGAAUGAACAGCGUGAACAGGAUCAGUUUACGGACAUCACUCUGAUUGUAGAUGGUCACCAUUUCAAAGCUCAUAAGGCUGUCCUUGCUGCUUGCAGUCAGUUCUUCUACAAAUUCUUCCAGGAUUUCACUCAGGAACCUUUAGUAGAGAUAGAAGGUGUAAGUAACAUGGCGUUUCGACACUUAAUUGAGUUCACCUACACAGCAAAAUUAAUGGUCCAAGGUGAAGAAGAAGCAAAUGAUGUAUGGAAAGCAGCUGAGUAUCUACAAAUGUUAGAAGCCAUUAAAGCACUUGAAAUCAGGAUGGGCUGCCAGGAACUAGGAUUGUGGAAUAAAGAAAAUUCAGCACCACUAGAAUCAAAUAAAACACAAGAUAAAAGUAAACCCAAAAAGAGGAAGAUAGCUGAAACCUCCAAUGUCAUCACAGAAACGUUGCCAUCUGCAGAAUCAGAGCCUGUUGAAAUUGAGGUGGAGAUUGCUGAAGGGACAAUUGAAGUAGAAGAUGACAGCAUUGAAGCCCUUGAAGAAGUAGCAUCUGCAGAACAGUCUAUAAAGUAUAUACAGACUACGGGUACGUCAGAUGAGUCUGCUUUGGCUCUUUUGGCAGAUAUCACCAGCAAGUACCGUCAAGGGGAGAGAAAAUGCCAGAUCCAAGAAGAAGGUGACAAUGCAGCUGAUCCUACAUGCAAACAGGUAGAAGGUAUUGAAAUUGUGGAACUUCAGCUGUCACACGUGAACAAUUUAUUCCACUGUGAGAAAUGUAACCGUUCGUUUAAAUUGUUUUACCAUUUUAAGGAACACAUGAAAACACACUCCACUGAGAGUUACAAAUGUGACAUAUGCAAUAAAAGGUACCUACGAGAGAGUGCAUUGAAACAGCACCUCACCUGUUACCACCUUGAUGAAGGUGGAGCCAGCAAGAAGCAAAGAUCUGGCAAAAAAAUACAUGUAUGCCAGUACUGUGAUAAACAGUUUGACCAUUUUGGACAUUUUAAAGAGCACCUUCGGAAACACACAGGUGAAAAACCAUUUGAAUGUCCGAAUUGCCAUGAACGUUUUGCUAGAAAUAGCACGCUCAAAUGUCAUUUGACAGCCUGUCAAUCUGGUGCUGGAGCUAAAAAAGGAAGAAAGAAGCUGUAUGAAUGUCAGGUAUGUAAUAGUGUGUUUAACAGCUGGGAUCAAUUUAAAGAUCACUUGGUAAUACACACAGGUGACAAACCCAACCAUUGUACCUUCUGUGAUUUGUGGUUUAUGCAAGGCAGCGAACUGAGAAGGCAUCUCAAUGACAUUCAUAACAUUUCAGAACGAAUUGUGACAGAUGAGAUUCUUCCAGUGGAAGCCAUGGAAACUGAACCAGUGACAUCAAUGACUAUUAUAGAACAAGUGGAGCAAGUCCACGUGCUACCAGUAAUUCAGGUACAAGUAGAUCCAGCACAAGUAACCAUGGAACAAGUGCAUCCGGAUCUGAUUCAAGAUAAUCAAAUAAAAGGUGCACAGAUGGAUGACCUACAAGAACAGGUACAGAUUAGUUAUGUAGAAGUGGAACACAUUCAGACUGAAACAGGUACUGAUGUACAUGUGGAGGAACUACAUGUUGAACAUGUAAAUCAGAUACAAAUGGAAGAGGUACAGGGAGAACUUAUAGAUGAAACAGAUCUAGAACAAGUAGCAUCUGAAAACAUUAAUCAGGGAGAGCUAGAAGAGAGUGAAACUGGUGAAAUAGGUGAUGUGAAGACAGUUAAAGAAGAUCAUGAACAAGCUGAAGAUUUAAAAACUCAACAAAUAGUGGGCACACAAGACGAACAAGUGGAUGAUUAGGACAAAUGACUGCACUGUGAAAGUUUCAGGAGGAAAUACCAAAUUUAUUUUUGUUAAUUUCUACAUUGAUUUUUGUACCAAGAGUGGUUGGCUCUCCAGGAUCGCUGUCCUUAGGAAACCAGACAGGUGGACCAAAUUGAGGAUAUUUCAUAUACAAUUAAAAUCAUCUUCUACUUUAAAAAGAGGUUUUCCUCUUUCAUGUAAUACCAUGGAGCAAAAACUAUCCCAGAGGUCAGCAGCUUUAUGAGAAAUUUAAUAGUUGGCUGUGAAUAGACUGUGUUGUUGUUAUACCAUGCCCCAUAUUUGUGCAGUUGCUGUCAAUGAGACUUCCCUACCCAUUUACAGGACCUUGAUAUAUACUUGCAGCAGAAGAUGAAAGGUGUGUGAGAGCGAGAGAGAUGGUAUCAUGCUAGAGAAUGGGGAUUCUGAUGUGUGUGGAUAUUUAAGGACAGUUGAUUGACCCACUUAGAAAAUUUGUCAUCCAGCAGCAGUUUCUUACAGUAGCAGCAAUUCUCAAUAUACUUUUUUUUCCUAAUCUGAACAGCCUUUCAGCCUAGUUUGAAAAUGUCAGACUGAUGGCAACAAGGGUUGUCACUAGAGUUCUUGGAGUGCAGAAAGUAUUGUGCCUUUUCAGAAUUGACUAAACUUCCACAAAGCUCCUAGAAUUUUUAAGAAGCUAGUGCAGUAAAAAGCCAUGUAGAUAAUGCUAUAGUGCUUUAUAUUUUUGCUUAUAAUUGUCAACUACCAACUCUUGCUUUAAAUUUAGAUGGUGGGGGACAGAAUGGAGCAAAUUAUUGAAGACUGUUGAAAGGUCCACUUACAAUAGGAAAAAAUAAGCUGAAUCCAUGGUAAAUGAAGCGGCUGAAAGAUUGUAUCAUCUUACCUCUUUGCAGUAAAAAUUAAUGCAUUUAAGAACAGAGAAAAUUGUGUGUAUGAUAUAUCAAGUUCCUGAUUUGAAAUGAAAUUUUCUCUGACACUUGACAUAAAGAUCUUGUGCUAAAAACAAUUGAAGCCAUAGGUAUGAGUUCUAAACUGUGGAUUUAAAAGUAGGAAUGUAAAUAAAUCAGUAUUAUUGAACAAUAAAACAAUACCAACCACAAAAAACCCUGUGAUAUUACUUCAGUCACUAUAUUAGAGAACAAGUGUCUGAGUUUGAGCACUUGUUACCUGCUGAGCAUAUUGUACCAUACAAUGCCAUUCCAUUUUAGCUGUAAUGUAAAA